GAUUUGCAGAUAACGAAUAAAAGUAAGAGUGCGGCUUACCAGGCGAGCGUCAGCGGAGGCAGCGCAGUGGACACGCCCCGUCGCAUUGGCACCCAAUCGGUGCACAGCAGUUCAGACUGGGAGCCAAUCCACGUCGUCGCCGCGGCGUCCAUCGUAACGCCCACUAAUCCGACAGCAGGCAAUGAAGAACAGGCCGCACACACCUCGCACGUCGAUCUGCAGGAGAAAAUCUACAACGUUCUAAGGAAAUGGUUCGACGUUUGGAAAGGAGUUUUCCUGCAAGGGGACGUUUCGCAGUCCACCAUUUAUUUCCCUCUAGUUUCAUUGUCGGCUGUAGGAUCGCAAGGCAUCCAAGAAGCAGUAGAAUCGGCCGUGAACAAAGAACACCCUCCUGAAAUGAUGGUGAUAACUUUGCCGUUCGCGAACGUACGAAGCGCUCAUCGGCAAAGCAUCAAGAAGUACCUGAGAGCGCUCCCCGUGACGGUGCCCAACACCGUGUGGACCGAGAAAAGUUCCAGCUUACCAUGGACGAUCUCCGUAUCCGAUCUCAGUUGCUACACGGUGCAACACGGCAACAAACUCACUUUUUUGAAGCCGGUAUCGCUCAGCGCCACCAUAGGAUUGACAACGAAACCGCCUAAGGUAGAGAACCAAAGUGUUGCCGAUACUAGCAGUAAAAGUGCUACCAAUAACGAAAAAGCAGCUGUCGACAUCGGCUACCUGGGCAUUUGCGUGCAUAUCGACAUGUCGCCGAUCGUGGUGUCCACCUCGGAAGUCCAAGUCUAUCUGUUCGCCAGCAUACUCUAUGGUCUUAUGGAGGUAAACGAUGAAGCUUACUGUUGGUAGAAUUCGCAAUAUUUUAAUCUACUUGGAACAAAUUUUGUAUGGGUGUUUUUUUUUUCGCUCAACGUAGGUAGCAACCAAUUUGAUUCCGAAGAAACAAAAACCUCCAAGUAAGGUUCCAGAUGUGAUUCCACAGGUGGUGCUCAAAAGUGGUUCUUCGAUGGUUUCGCCAUCGCAGACCACGCACAAGGAUUCGAGUAGUGGAAAAACGGCGUCUAAACUUAAGAAACCUGACAAUGCCGAUAGUGAUUCUAUCAAACUGACAGCCUGGGUGCAAUGGACAAUCACUAGGUUUACAAUAGAGCUGCUGUCAAACGAGUGUAACACCGACCUUGAAAACGACCUUGAGUCUCAACAGCCCAUGUUGAAGUUAGUUGUGGAUGCGGAGGACAUCGUUAGUUCUUUGGACCUUCAGAGCGUAUACUUAAAGAUCAAAAGCAAGAUUGGUUCGGCAUCAAUACAGCAUUUCAAGAGAGCGACCGCAAGUUCAAAAUGGAUGCCAGGUCCGUUCUCCGGCGCCGUGAUGCGACAACGUGAAGACGUGGUGUCCGUGUCCAGCGAUCAGCAACAGCUUCAACAGCAACGACACCACGAAGAUAACGGUUUUAUGUGCGUGACAAUAACUCGAGCCAGCUGCCAGCAUACGCACACGUUGUGGGGCGCCGGCGGGACCCCGUCGAGAGGUGCUCAAGGGAAGCAAGGCGCAAAGGAGGGAAAGAAGGCCUCAACGGCGAAUUUACAGGCCGCUAGUAUGCUGUCGCCUUCUAGAUAUAUCACGGAGAUCGUUGUCAACGUACAGCCGACAGACUUUGUGAUAUCACUGAACACGCUCCGCAGCUUCUAUCUAGUGAUCGCUCCCUUAUUGGAGAUCCCUCUAUCCAGCGAGCCAGCACCGUUGACUUCCCCAUCUUCAUCCUCGACGCUCCUGCAAACUGUCAACAGCCAAGUUCUGCCGUUGGCUUACUUGGAAUGUCAGGAUAUUCGAGUGGUGAUGCCUUCAGUCGAACUGGGAAGUACCGGAGCCAUGCAUGACGUCAUCAUCUUACAGGUUCAAAAGAUCAGCCUGACUCCAUCAGCUGUGAAUCCGAUCUGCAGAACGCCGAUUCGACAAGACAUUUACGAUCAAGCGGUACAUGCCAGAAUCCUCAAUAUACCGGGUAGCGAAGUGGAGGACCGACAAUACCAAUUCGACAUGUUGGGCAUCUCAAUCUCGACAGGCACCUGGGACGACAUCGACGCCGUCUUCUCGCCAACGGGCACCGCUUCCUCUACGCUGCAUCCGCUCAGCGAAAACCCCGCCUUGGAAUGGAACAAUCUGGAGCAAGGUCAUCCGUACUUCCAUCCCAUCAUGAAUCUGUGGAACGUCACGGACAGGUUCGACAUCAGCGUGGUCGCCGCACCGGCGAUACUCUACAAAUCGAACACUCUCGUUUGCGGACACUCUGUAGAAAUCAACUUCGUAUCGGACAUCGUAGUCAACCUGUCGCUCAAUCAGAUCAAAUUGGUGUCAGCGAUCCUGAGCGAAUUUGCGAGCUUGGUCGAACCACUGCUUCUAGACGACAGCGCGUUAGCCAGACCGAAAAUCAUCUUUCCUUACUCCAGAUUCGAACCGUCUGUGGACAACACCGUCAAAUGGGAUCCCCAGGAGAUCAUCCGUGACUCUGGCAUCGAUACGUCGGACAUUAAAAGCGUCAAGUCUUCGUCCAGGGCAGCAUUGAAGGGUUUAAGCGAGAGAGAACAUCAGCUUUAUAGCAAAAAACAUAGCUCGGUUACCAUGGUGUACACAGCGGCACCCGUGGACGUUCUUUUCACAGCAGGCAAAAUCGGACUGUCCCUCUACCAGAUCGACGAUGGAAAACCGAACAUUUACAAGCAAAAGAAGAAAAAACGUCCAUACAAAAUCGACCCUGAUGAUCUUGGGUACGAGGCUGAAGAAGAAAGCGUUGAAGAUAAAGAGCCUAAGAAAUACAACCCUUUGGUAUACAUCUGCGUGAAACAGCCUAACGUGUUUCUGUCAAAGCACGCGGCAGGUCGCCGAAUGCAGAUCUCCUGCUACGACUUGAACCUGAAAAUGCGCGGCCCCGAGUACCCCCCGGUGGGCAACGUCCCCACAGAGGACGAUUACCCCGUCGAUCUGCUAGAAACGAAAUCAGGAGUUCCGGAUGCGAACACCGGAAUCCUGCCUGCCUUCUUCACGCUCAAAUAUAUCAAAGCUGGCAGUAAGAAUCACGGGCAUUUGGACGUGAAUAUCGCCAAGCCCACUAAGGUUCUAUGUUCUAUGUCUAGGUGGAGCUAUUUGCAGAUCAUCAGGGAUAGAUUAUUGGACACAUUCAAAAGAACCGACAGAAAUAUUACGUCAGUUGUUGAAAAAACAGAUAUUUCGAAUCUUCAUCUCAGCAUAAAUAAAAGUGAUACCUACACGAGGUUUCAAGAAAUGAAGGAAAUCCUGAAAAGAGUCAAUUCGGUUAAUUUGAAAAGUGAUCAACUUGUAUUUGCUUUCAAAUCCGAUGCUGGGCAUGAGAUGGAUCUGGCUUUGGAAAGGAUCACAAAUAACCUGACAUUAUCGAAUAGACCUGAGAAGGUGUCAGUUGUAUGUGGUUUACAUAGUGUCACAUUGAACGUUAUCAGCAAAAACUUCAAAAAGAUCUUACUCAAUCCAUGGACAGUCACGUUCAACGUUUCCAUGUUCUGGGAAUCCUGGCAAACAACUGAUAGCAGUCCACAGAUCCAAAUAACAGUGGAAAGCGACUGCAUAAUGUUGGACGUCCUGCCCUGAACAACUGAAAUGCGUACAAAUCGUGUCGAAGGACAUCGUCGAAUUCAUAUCCUCUUUCCCCUCUAAAGAUGAGGGCAAUACGAGCAGGUGCAGCAGUUCUGCAUAUUCGGCGCCUUCUUCUUCUUUGUAUUCCGCCCCACCGCAAGUUUUCAAGAAAGUCUCGGACAGGGAGCAACAUUACAAGGACGAUCUUAGAGCCGGAGCGUUCCAGUUCGUCGAUUCGAACACUGAUAAACCUGAUGAAUUGCCGCUGCCAUAUCAG